UCAAAACAAAGGAGCGCCUGUCAGUCAUGGUGAAUGUGGCUGGGGGAGAAUGAUUGGGGAUUUUUUUUUCCAAUUUAAGAGGGAUUGGAAGAAGAUGCAAAGAAGGCAUAGUAGCAAUGCUGACAACAUCCCAUCAGAAAGGACAAGGAGUCAGGCAGUUGGUUCAGAGACCAGUGUGGAUGAAAAUGGUGUUUUUGAAGGACUCAAACCUGAAAACCCAUCAGCUCAGCAGAUGUUUUCUGGUUUGACAAGUCUACAAUCGGGCCCAAUACCUGCUGCUUCCUUCCAGUCUAGUCUGGUCUUGGGGUCUUCACUCACUGCUUCAGUUGGAAGUGGAGAUGUGUUCAUUCAGAUGACACCACAAGAGGAGGGAUCCAUUCGCACAGAGAAUAUGCAAUACCAUCAUCGUCAUCGGCAUCAUCAUUAUCACCACAGCCAUCAUCGUUCAUCUCUGUUGCACGUUUCUGGUGAUCGUCAUGGCAACACAGAAGAUGUCAAUGAUGACCCUGGGACUCCUGCCCCAGCACUUUCAGAGCUCAAGGCUGCAGUCAACUGGCUUCAGAAGGGCCUUCCGUUUAUCUUAAUAUUGCUGGCUAAAGUUUGCUUUCAACAUAAGCUUGGAAGAAAUAGUCCACAACAGGACAGAGAGCCAAAGACAGAUGGUAUUGCUGUGUGUAUUGGAAUGGCAAGUACCUUUGCAUACGCAAACUUAACAGUUAAACACCAAGUUUCUUUAAGAGAGAAACGAUCAGUGCUUGUUUGCCUGUGGAUAUUGGUAUUUCUCACUGGGAACACGUUGUUUUUAUAUUAUACUUUUAGUGCCCAGGAGCUCUAUAAGAGCUUGAUAUUUAUGAAGACUAGUGUGGAAAGCCAGGAUUUCUUUGAUUUGCUUUGGAUUGCAGGAAUUACAGAUUUUGUGCUGAAAUACAUUACAAUUGGUUUCAAGUGCUUGAUCCUUAUUCUGCCUAGAAUAAUAUUAGCUUUCAAGUCAAGGGGAACACUUUACCUCCUAAUAGAAGAGACGAGUCAGUUAUUGAGAUCCAUGAUGCCUGUACAGCUGUGGUACAAAUGCAUAAUGGGCGAAGACUCCAUCAAUAGUUACUUGUUGGAAGGCACCCUGAUUGUUCUGUACAGUCUUUGUAAGCUCUUGGAUGUUUGUGGUCGAAUAGGGGGUUUGCGAAAGGCCUUGAAGAUCCUGUGUAAAUCGCAGAGCUGUGGUGUACCAGCUACCAGCCAGCAGUGCAGUGAAGCUGGAGAUAUCUGUCCAAUCUGCCAGGCAGAAUUUCGAGAACCUGUGGUGUUGAUUUGCCAGCACGUCUUCUGCGACGAGUGCGCUUGCCUGUGGUUUGACCGAGAGAGGAGCUGUCCAAUGUGCCGCACCGCUGUCAGUGAAAGCCUGCGGUACUGGAAGGACGGAAGCACCUCGGCGCACUUCCAGGUGUACUGACGGCCAGCCGUGGCGUGGAGACCAGCCCUCGGGGAGGUGAGGAAAUGCAGCUGUGCAACAGCUGGGAUCAAGCUGCCUGUUAUUUAUCGCGAAGAAAGUAUACAGACUCCACGUGGAACAAUAAUCAUAACAAUGUUUCAAAAUCAGCGCCUAUUCGGUAAAGGUAUUCCAUUCUUAAUGAUAGAUAAAACACCUUACCAAACAAAGUAAAUGUAUUCGAGUGUGUUUUUUUUCAGCAGCAAUGUACAUUGUGCGAGCAAUAUUCAGUGAAUGAUGUUCUUUUUCUCUCUUGAUUGCUGUGAUCUGUAAUCUUCAUUAAAUAUUUGU